UCGUCCUCCAACCCUCUGCUGGUCUUUUGGACCAUCCGCCCUCCCCCAACACGUCUAAAACCCCUCUUCCUCUCCUUAUCCUUUCUCUCUCUCUGUCACCCACCAUGUCCGCAGCUCCGGCCUUCAAGCCCUUAUCUAUGGGGGAUGGCUGCCUCCCCUCCCUCCGUACAAUCUUCUCCCCCAAACCCUCGAGCCCUUUCCUCCCCCUCCCUUCCAAACCCCUCCGUCUCCUCCAUCUCUCCUUCUCCUUUUCCCCUUCCUCCCUUCCCGCAUUCCUUUCCACCCAAAAGAAGCUUCCUUUGAUCCCCCUCGUGGCCCAAACCUCCGACUGGGCCCAGCGGGAGGAGGAGAACGAGGUCGAGAGCGAAGCUUUCGUCUUGGAAGGCGAGGAGGAGCCGGAGCUGCAGGAGGGUGAGGAGGAGGGGACGGAAGCCGGGCUUUCCGAGUUGGAGGGAGAGGAGGAGCUGACGGGGGAGGGUGGAGUCGUUCUCGCCGAGGGAGAGCCCGAAGGGGACGAUGAGUACGUUGAGGAGGAGGGAGGAGAGGAGCCGUUUCCCGAGCCACCCGAGGAGGCCAAGCUCUUCGUCGGGAAUCUUCCUUAUGACAUCGACAGCGAGAAGCUCGCCCACCUCUUCGACCAGGCGGGUAUCGUCGAAGUCGCCGAGGUUAUAUAUAAUAGGGAGACAGAUCAGAGUCGUGGGUUUGGGUUUAUCACUAUGAGCUCUGUUGAAGAAGCUGAGAAAGCUGUGGAGAUGUUCCAUCGUUAUGAACUAAAUGGCCGAUUGCUGACCGUAAACAAGGCAGCUCCUAGGGGUACUCGUGUCGAGAGAGCUCCCCGAGAGUUCGAACCUUCUUGCAGGGUCUAUGUUGGCAAUCUGCCAUGGCAAGUGGAUGAUGCCCGCUUGGAACAAGUGUUUAGCGAACACGGUAAAGUGGUCGAUGCCAGGGUGGUGUAUGACAGAGAGACUGGCCGUUCACGUGGGUUUGGUUUCGUGACUAUGUCAUCCAAGGAUGAAUUAGAUGAUGCAAUUGCUGCUCUUGAUGGCCAGAGUUUGGAUGGUCGGGCACUAAGGGUGAACGUUGCUGAAGAAAGGCCACGACGUGGCUUCUUUUGAUAUUGAAGAAGCAACAGAGAAUUUAUGAAUUCUUGAAUGUCACACUAAGUGCUUUUAUUAAGGAUUUUCAUUUGAUUUUGUAGUUUAUGCUGUAGGGAAAUUUUUGUAUGUUUUUUUGUUGACUUGGACUGUUUGGGUCUUCAUUGCUUUGUUCAUGUUGGUGGUGCUAUGAUGGAACAUCCCUGUCCCGCGUUGAUUAAUCUUUGCUUGAACAAAUUUCUUACUUGUAAGCUAUAGAAAUGUGAAGACUCAAAAUUACCCGAAAGAGUGUAUCCACUGUUUACUCAA